GACUCUUAGCAGCCGACUUCUCGCUCUCCCCUCCCCCACCCAACGAAAACUGGGCCUGCACCGACAUUCUCAUCUACGGCAACUACCAUGGGCUAGUCCGGACAGAAGAAGUCGAGCCCCGGGGCUGUCGGGGAGCUCCUUCUACCAGUCCAGGAAUUUCUUUCCUUACCCCAGGCUCUACUACGGGCGCUAAAGGCACCACGUCACGUGAUGGGAGAGAACGCGGGGAGAAGAAGAGAUGGCCACUCCUCUGAUGGGAGGGGCAAUGAGAACAAGUCAGGUGGUACAGAGCGCCCGCCCGCGACGCGACAUACUGGUGUCACGUGGAUGUGGCGCGCGGCAUACGGCGGGAGGAGGGGCGCCAAGCGGUGAGGUCACGUGUUGUGCCGCCGGCCCUUGGCCCCUCCUCCAUGAGAGGGGAGGCAGGGCGGGCAAACAUGGCGGCGGUGAGUUAGAAAGCGUCGGACGGCGGGGCUAGCGGCGGAUACUUCCAGGAGCGGCUGUGGCGGGAUCGAGAGAGAAGAUGGUGGAGCCAGGACAAGAUCUGUUGCUUGCUGCUUUGAGUGAGAGUGGAAUCAGUCCAAAUGAUCUGUUUGAUAUUGACCCUGCGGACAUGGGCCUUGCAACACCAGUGCCAGCUGUUCAGCAGUCAGUGCCACUUAGUGCAUUAGAACUAGGCUUGGAGACUGAGGCAACAGUUGCUGUUAAACAAGAACCAGAGACUGUAUCUACUCCAGCACUAUUAAAUGUCAGGCAACCACCAUCAACCACAACCUUUGUGCUGAAUCAAAUAAAUCAGCUUCCAACUUUGGGGACUACAAUAGUAAUGACAAAAACCACACCUGUGACAACUACUAGGCAGACCAUCACUGUAGCAAAAAUCAUUCAAACCAGCACAACUACUCGACCAUCUGUUGCAGCACCAGCAGUACGCAAUGCCUUGACCACUACACCUUCAAAGGACCAGGUCCAGCUGAAAGAUCUGCUCAAAAACAAUAGUCUUAAUGAACUAAUGAAAUUGAAGCCACCUCCGAACAUUGCCCAGCCAGUUGCAACAGCAGCCACUGAUCUAAGCAAUGGUGCUGUAAAGAAGGAGGCUUCUACAAAAGAAGUAACAAGAAUAUGGGUAAAUGAUGUAAAAAUGAGAAGUUAUUCACCUACUAUGAAAGUGCCAGUAAUAAAAGAGGAAGAGGAACCUGAGGAGGAGGAUGAAGAAGAAAUGGGUCAUGCAGAGACAUAUGCAGAGUAUAUGCCAAUAAAAUUAAAAAUUGGUCUACGUCAUCCUGAUCCAGUAGUAGAAACAAGUUCGUUAUCCAGUGUAACCCCUCCCGAAGUAUGGUAUCAGACAUCAAUAUCUGAAGAAAGUAUUGAUAAUGGUUGGCUGUCGGCAUUGCAACUUGAAGCAAUUACUUAUGCAGCCCAGCAACAUGAAACAUUCCUGCCUAAUGGGGACAGAGCUGGAUUCUUGAUAGGUGAUGGUGCUGGUGUAGGAAAAGGAAGGACCAUAGCUGGAAUAAUCUAUGAAAAUUACCUGUUGAGUAGAAAAAGAGCUAUAUGGUUUAGUGUGUCAAAUGAUCUGAAAUAUGAUGCUGAAAGAGACUUGAGAGACAUUGGCGCAAAAAAUAUUUUGGUUCAUUCCUUAAACAAGUUCAAAUAUGGAAAAAUUUCUUCCAAACAUAAUGGGAGUGUAAAGAAAGGUGUAAUUUUUGCCACAUACUCUUCUCUUAUUGGUGAAAGUCAAUCUGGUGGUAAAUACAAAACCAGGUUAAAGCAGCUUCUCCACUGGUGUGGCGAUGACUUUGAUGGAGUUAUAGUAUUUGAUGAAUGUCACAAAGCUAAGAAUCUGUGUCCUGUUGGUUCUUCAAAACCAACAAAGACCGGCUUAGCUGUAUUGGAGCUUCAGAAUAAACUUCCGAAGGCUAGAGUUGUUUAUGCUAGUGCCACAGGUGCGUCUGAGCCACGAAAUAUGGCAUACAUGAACCGUCUGGGAAUAUGGGGUGAAGGAACCCCAUUUAGGGAAUUCAGUGACUUUAUUCAGGCUGUUGAAAGAAGAGGUGUAGGUGCCAUGGAAAUAGUUGCUAUGGAUAUGAAACUGAGAGGAAUGUACAUAGCAAGACAGUUAAGCUUUUCAGGUGUGACCUUCAAAAUUGAAGAAGUUCUACUUUCACAGAACUACAUUAAAAUGUAUAAUAAAUCUGUGAAACUGUGGGUGAAUGCCAGAGAGAAAUUUCAACAAUCAGCUGAUCUUAUUGAUGCAGAGCAACGCAUGAAAAAGUCUAUGUGGGGUCAGUUUUGGUCAGCCCACCAGAGAUUUUUCAAGUACCUCUGCAUAGCAUCCAAAGUCAAAAGGGUGGUACAGCUAGCUAGAGAAGAAAUCAAGAAUGGGAAAUGUGUUGUUAUUGGACUACAGUCCACAGGAGAAGCAAGAACGUUAGAAGCCUUAGAGGAGGGCGGUGGAGAAUUGAAUGACUUUGUUUCCACAGCAAAAGGAGUAUUGCAGUCUCUCAUUGAGAAGCACUUCCCAGCUCCUGACAGGAAGAAGCUUUUUAGUUUGCUGGGAAUAGAUCUGACUGCUCAAAGUAAUAACAAUUCACCUAGGGACAGUCCUUGCAAGGAGAAUAAAAUAAAGAAACGGAAAGGUGAGGAAAUAACUAGAGAAACCAAGAAAGCUCGUAAAACAAGUGGCCUCGCUGGGAGCAGUUCCGAUGAGAGUGAAAGCGAGUCUGAUGCCUCAGACAAUGAAGAAAGUGACAAUGAGAGCUCUAAGUUUUUGAGUUCUGGAGAUGAUGAUGACUUCAACCCAUUCAGAGACGAAUCUAGUGAGGAUGAUGAAGAUGACCCCUGGUUAAUUAGAAAAGACCAUAAGAAAAAUAAAGACAAGAAAAAGAAGAAAAGUAUAGACCCAGAUUCCAUUCAGAGUGCCUUAUUAGCUUCUGGUCUUGGAUCAAAACGACCUAGCAGUUUUUCUUCCGUUGCUGUUACCACUGCUUCUAGUACCAAUACAUCGGCUAACAGUAAUACUAACAGCAGCUUUGUAACAAGUCAAGAUGCUGUUGAAAGAGCCCAGCAGAUGAAAAAAGAAUUGCUUGAUAAACUGGAAAAACUAGCUGAAGACCUUCCUCCUAAUACUUUGGAUGAACUUAUAGAUGAACUUGGUGGUCCUGAGAAUGUGGCUGAGAUGACAGGCCGCAAAGGGAGAGUUGUAAGCAAUGAUGAUGGCAGCAUAUCUUACGAGUCAAGGUCUGAACUUGAUGUACCUGUUGAAAUUCUAAAUAUCACAGAAAAGCAGAGAUUCAUGGAUGGAGACAAGAACAUUGCCAUCAUCUCAGAAGCUGCCAGCUCAGGUAUUUCAUUACAAGCCGACCGUAGAGCUAAAAAUCAGAGGCGGAGAGUGCACAUGACUUUGGAGUUACCAUGGAGUGCAGAUAGAGCAAUACAGCAAUUUGGAAGAACUCACAGAUCAAACCAAGUUACUGCACCAGAGUAUGUGUUCCUAAUUUCCGAAUUGGCAGGAGAGCAAAGAUUUGCAUCUAUAGUUGCCAAAAGAUUAGAGAGCUUGGGAGCUCUCACUCACGGUGACAGAAGAGCAACAGAAACUCGAGACCUUAGCAGGUUCAACUUUGACAACAAGUAUGGGAGAAAUGCUCUGGAGAUAGUUAUGAAAUCCAUUGUGAAUUUAGAUUCCCCAAUGGUGUCCCCACCUGCUGACUAUCCUGGAGAAUUUUUUAAAGAUGUUCGGCAAGGAUUAAUAGGUGUGGGCCUAAUAAAUGUAGAAGACCGAUCAGGAAUUCUGACACUUGAUAAAGAUUACAACAAUAUAGGAAAGUUCCUGAAUAGAAUUCUGGGUAUGGAGGUGCAUCAGCAGAAUGCUUUAUUCCAGUAUUUUUCGGAUACGUUAAAUGCAGUUAUACAAAAUGCUAAAAAGAAUGGAAGAUAUGACAUGGGUAUUUUAGAUCUUGGGUCUGGAGAUGAGAAGGUCAGAAAGGCAGAUACUAAGAAGUUUUUAACUCCGGGAUACUCUACCUCUGGACGUGUAGAAUUAUACACAAUCAGUGUAGAAAGAGGUAUGUCUUGGGAAGAAGCAACUAAGAUUUGGGCUGAGCAAACUGGACCAGAUGACGGAUUUUAUUUAUCUUCGCAAAUAAGAAAUAAUAAGAAAACUGCUAUCUUGGUAAAGGAAGUGAAUCCCAAAAAGAAGCUUUUCUUAGUAUACAGACCAAACACUGGAAAACAACUCAAAUUGGAAACGUAUGCAGACCUGAAAAAGAAAUAUAAGAAGGUACCUUCUGAAGAUGCUCUACCACAUUGGCUAGAGCAGUACAAUUCAUCGGCAGAUACCUGUACCCAUGCUUAUUGGAGAGGCAAUUGUAAGAAAGCAAGCCUGGGAUUAGUUUGUGAAGUGGGCCUCCGCUGUCGAACUUACUUCGUCUUGUGUGGUUCAGUACUAAGUGUCUGGACAAAAGUGGAAGGAGUUCUAGCCUCUGUGAGUGGUACAAAUGUGAAAAUGCAAAUAGUUCGGCUAAGGGCAGAGGAUGGACAGAGGAUUGUAGGUUUGCUCAUUCCUGCAAAUUGCGUAUCGCCCCUUGUAAACCUCCUGUCAACAUCAGACCAGUCUCAACAGCUUGCAGUACAACAGCAGCAGAUAUGGCAGCAACAUCACCCACAGAGCAUCACCAACUUCAACAAUGCAUAAGAGGACAGACUACAGAUGUUGACUUUGGUGUUUGAGAAAAGGCUGUAAAAGCAUAUCACUUGCAUAAAAAUCAGGGACAGAUUCCAAAGAAAUAUUUUUUCAGUUCAGUUGUGUGCUCUCAGAAGUACUUUGGGAAUAAAGAGGUACAUAAAGGAUGGUAGAACUGAAAGCCAGCAGUUGCUUAUGGUGGUGCAUCUGUCUAUGCUCUCUGUAGAGCUUCCUGUUUGCUUUUACUUUUGGCCUUUUAAGCCACAAACCACAAAUUUUGUUUGAAAAUGCUUGAAAAUUCCCAAACAGGCUUUAUUUUUAUCUUGUCAUACAGUGCUCAGGGUUUAAC